ACAUAAGUAAAGCCUAGAGAGACUAGCUUUAGCCUAGACAAGGAAAACCCCAAAUAAAUAGCUGUCUUAACAAAAAAAAUAAAAUUAUUUCUUGUUUGUAUCUCCAGCAAGCAAAAGCAAUUGGAUUUUUAUCUGCAUUCUCUCUAGUAUUGUGUGUUUCUGUGAAAGCCGUGAUUUGAUUGUGAAAGGAGAAAGAAGAAGAAGAAGGAAGCUUGAAGAGUGAAGACAGAGGAAAUCAAUUGGCGAAACCAAUGCUUCUUCUGGUGGGAUUUUGAAAUUAGGACAGCUUUUGAGCGAGGAAUCUUCUCGUGUGUCUUGUCUGCUGAAGAGGAUUUCACCUCUUUUUGUUCCUUAGUUUGUUGGUUGUCAGAUCCAAAAAACUCCAGAAGCUUUGACUCACUGAUUUGACAAAAAAAAAAAGAGAAUUAAGAUUCAUAAAAAAAAAGGAGGAAGCAAAAGGGUCCUUGGUAGUGUGAUUGGAUUGGAUUCUGAGUGGAGAGUUUCAUUGGAAGGAGGAGAAGAGGAAGAAACGCAGAGACAAGUCUGUGAGUUUUGUACUCAUCUGCAAUUAAUAAUCAAGGGGGGAGAGAGUCUCUUUGCUUCUUGUCUUGAUCUCCACCUUGGUGGUGGGGGCAAAGCAGCUAAAUCAUGCAAACCUAAAAAAGUCCUCGCUUCUUUGUUAUCUCUCCAACAAAAAAAGUACAAGUUCCUCUGAGGAUUGUGUUUAUAAAGAGAGGUUCAAGAAACUUUUCUUCUCUUGCUAAAUGAGUCGUCUACAGAAGCGAGGGAAGCAGGAGAAGCCUGUAGUGGUAUCUGAUGGUGCUGAAAAGGUUAUUGUUGCUGUCAAAGCCUCUAGAGAGAUUCCAAAGACGGCUUUGAUUUGGGCUUUGACUCAUGUUGCUCAGCCUGGGGAUUGCAUCACGCUCAUUGUUGUUGUCCCUUCUCAAAACUCCGGAAGGAAACUGUGGGGUUUCACUAAGAGCUUCCCUAUGUUUGCUGGGGAUUGUGCAAGUGGUCAUAGGAAACCACAUUCUGAAGCACUUCCGGAGAUCAAGAGUGAUCUCACUGACACUUGUUCCCAAAUGAUUCUCCAGCUUCAUGAUGUCUAUGAUCCCAAUAAGAUAAAUGUCAAGAUUAAGAUUGUUUCUGGCUCUCCCUGCGGAGCAGUUGCUGCUGAGGCCAAGAAAGCCCAAGCAAGCUGGGUAGUACUAGACAAACACCUCAAGAACGAAGAGAAACGGUGUAUGGAUGAAAUGCAAUGCAACAUUGUGGUGAUGAAGCGUUCUCAGGCAAAAGUCCUGCGCUUAAACUUGGUUGGAUCGCCUAAGAAGGGUGCUGAGAAAGAGUCUCCUCUACCAAUAAAACCUGAAGCAGCAUCUGAAAAACACAAAAACAACACAAAAGGAUCGUCAGAUUCCGACAGAGGACUACCUGUAACUCCAACCAGCAGCCCUGAGCUGGGGACACCAUUCACAAGCACAGAACCCGGGACUUCAUCAGUGUCCAGCUCUGACCCGGGAACCUCACCGUUUUUCACUUUGGGAAUGAGUGGAUACAUGAAGAAAGAUGGAGCACUGGUCAUCAAGGAGAACGACGACUCCGGCUCAGAAACAGAAAGUGAAAGCCAGUCACUACCGUCAACGAGUAAGAGAUUCCAGCCGUGGAUAUCAGAGUACAUCGGCGCACAUCGCCAUUCAUCCCUAGACGCUGAGGAAAGCCUAUGGAAAAAUGACGACAGGGCUCAGAUAACCACCACAAAGGCUUUGCUUGAGAAGUUCACUAAACUAGACGUAGAAGCUGGGCUGUCCUCUAGCCGGAGGAUGGAGCUUGAGUUCAGUGGAAGCGUAAGAGACGCGAUAUCACUCUCACGAAACGCUCCUCCUGGCCCGCCUCCUCUCUGUUCUAUCUGCCAGCACAAGGCGCCGGUGUUUGGGAAACCGCCAAGGGUGUUUUCAUACGCUGAGCUAGAGAUUGCAACGGGUGGGUUCUCGCAGGCUAACUUCUUGGCUGAAGGUGGGUAUGGAUCUGUUCACCGUGGUGUACUACCGGAAGGUCAGGUGGUUGCGGUAAAGCAACAUAAACUGGCGAGUUCUCAGGGAGAUGUAGAGUUUUGCUCUGAAGUGGAAGUUCUCAGCUGUGCUCAGCAUAGGAACGUUGUUAUGUUGAUUGGUUUCUGCAUUGAAGACAGCAGACGGCUCUUGGUUUAUGAGUAUAUAUGCAAUGGUUCACUUGACUCACAUCUAUACGGUCGCCAAAGGGAGACACUGGAAUGGCCAGCACGGCAAAAGAUCGCAGUUGGAGCUGCGAGAGGGUUACGGUAUCUUCACGAAGAGUGCAGAGUUGGUUGUAUUGUCCAUAGAGACAUGCGUCCUAACAACAUCCUCAUCACUCAUGAUAAUGAGCCACUGGUUGGAGACUUUGGUCUAGCGAGAUGGCAGCCUGAUGGGGAACUUGGUGUAGAGACACGAGUGAUUGGAACAUUCGGCUAUUUAGCUCCAGAGUAUGCUGAAAGCGGACAGAUCACAGAGAAAGCGGAUGUCUACUCGUUUGGGGUUGUUCUAGCUGAGCUAGUCACUGGACGCAAAGCCAUUGAUAUCACCAGGCCUAAAGGCCAGCAAUGCCUCACUGAAUGGGCGCGUCCGCUACUUGAAGACUAUGCGGUGGAUGAACUAAUCGAUCCGAGGCUUGGGGACCGUUUUGUAGAAAGUGAGGUUAUUUGUAUGCUUCAUGCAGCUUCUUUGUGUAUACGUAGAGACCCGCAUUUGAGGCCACGCAUGUCUCAGGUGUUGCGUAUACUGGAAGGAGAUAUGAUAGUGGAUGGGAACUACGGUUCAACUCCAGGCUCAGACGCAGGCAACAGAAGUGGGAGGUUCUGGGCGGAACAUUACAGCGGCCAGCUAACGAAAGAUGGGUAUGGGUCGGGUAGGUUCAGUGAAAGGAUGUCUGUUGAAACGCCAAGACUAGCUUUACGUGAGAGGGAAAGAGGUCAGAGGUUGGAACUAAACCACAACAAGCAAUAAGAGAGCUAUCUGAGUAAAAUCACAUAACUGUGUCUUAAGAAAAGUUUAGUAAUGUGUUCCAAAGCUGGCAAGAAAGCUUUUCUGACCCUUUUUGUUUGUAUAGUGAGCAAGAUGCAAAAGAAAAGUUGCUAUAUGUCUUAUCAAGGAGUUUGAAUUUUUUUU